AUGGCAUAUCCAAUCGUUGCUUUGUUGUCGGUCCUCGCCCUGCUGUUGUGCCUGAGCCAGAGCUGCUGGGCGGCUCCGUCGGGCGAUGAUUUGGCCAAGUUUGGGGAGCUGGAGCGCACCAUCAAGGAGCUGACUAGCUCCAUACUGACCAUGAGUGCAGGCGGAGGAGCAGGAGCAGGAGCAGGCUUACUGGAGCGUGGCACUGGCGAUCUGCUGGAUGCCAGGGAUGCUGGCAGCAGUGGCAGCUGGCCCGAAGAGAGUCGCUCCUAAGCUGGAUGUUGGACACACCCAGUGACCCUGGCCUUCACUCAGCUCUGCAGUGUA